AAUUUCUCUAUUAAAAAUAUUCCGUCAUAUACAACUUAAAAAUAAAAAAACGAGAGAAAGAAAGAAAAUUAAACAAGAUGAGCAAAUUAGUCACAAGAUUUGUAUUUGGAAUGGCUGCAUCUCAGCCGUGUUUCGUGUUCCGUGCGUUCUAUCUGCCAAUUAUUCUUUAAUCUGUGGCAUUGACUUACUAAAUUACAUGACUUUGUCCGCUUAAAGAUAAAUUAUUAUUAAACCUCCCUAAAAAAACCUUAAAGAUAAAUUAUUUUAAAACGCUUACAGAGUUUAUAGCUAUUAGUUAAUUAAUAAUUUAGUUUUAGUCCGCCCACGUGGUUCCCGCUCCCGUAGGAAUCCGGGGAUAAUAUAUAGCCUAUAGCCUUCCUCGAUAAAUAGGCUAUCUAACACUGAAAGAAUUUUUCAAAUCGGACCAGUAGUUCCUGAGAUUAGCGCGUGCAAUCAAACAAACAAACAAACUCUUCAGCUUUAUUAUAUUAGUAUAGAUAGAUACAUUGUAAAACGUACAGACAGCAGAUUCUUUAAUAAUAUUAUUAGUACGUAAAUAAUAUGCCUAAUAUUAUGCAUAAUACAGUGGUAUUUGUUUAUGUCUAAGAAAAAUCUUGUUUAGUGGUGUGGAUAUUUAGCUAGAACACAGAGUGGCCAUUGGGUUCAUAUUACGUGAUAAAUUAAAUAAAUAAGCCAUGUGGUAUAAGAUUCAAUUCUCUUGCCUAGAUGAUAUGCUUAUUCACUAGUUUUUUUUUGUAAGUUGUAAGAAUCAGGGAUAAUACAACUUGGAACAGACCCUAACCAUGCGUAUGACAAGAUUUUUUUUAAAAAAUAUUUGCUAUUGAGCCAUGAUAGCCCAGUAGAUAUGACCUCUGCCUCCGAUUCCGGAGAGUGUGAGUUCGAAUCCGGUCCGGGGCAUGCACCUCCAACUUUUCAGUUGUGUGCAUUUUAAGAAAUUAAAUAUCUCGCUUCUCAAAUGGUGGAGGAAAACAUCGUGAGAAAACCUGCAUAACAGAGAAUUUUCAUAAUUCUCUGCGUGUGUGAAGUCUGCCAGUCCGCAUUAGGCCAGCGUGGUAGACUAUAUUUGGCCUUACCCCUCUCAUUCUGAGAGGAGACUUGCUUUAUAAUAUUAGAAGAUAAAUAAUGAUGAUAAUAAUUAGUUGAAAACUUAAAAUUAAAGUUAUGAGUGUUCCAAACGCACGAAAAAAAUUUGUCCUUUCUGCUAAAUACAACUUUUAAAUAUCUUAUAUAGCUGGAUACCUGACCAAAUGUCAAUUUAGUUUAUAUUUGAUCCGAGUUGCAGACAGUGAGUUUGUUGUGAUGUUCAGAGCUUAUCAAAAGGUUUCUUUCUUUCUAUUAAUACCAAUGUAUUUCAUAGUUUAUACUUCAAAUUGGUUGUCGGGGAUAAUCUAUGUUCUAUACUAAUUAUAAAAAGAUAAAGUUUGUGGUAUUGUAGGGGGGAAAUCUGUGAAUCUACUGAAGCGAUUUUGAAAAUUCUUUAACUAGUAGAAAGUCACGUUAUUUGUGAGUAUUAUACGUUACGGCUACGUUUUAUCCCCGUAUUCCCACGGGAACGGGAACUACGCUAGUGAAACCGUGGGGUGUCGGCUAAUCUAUACUUAUAUUAUAAAGAGGUUUUGUUUGUGAGAUUGUAGGGGGUAAUCUACUGAACCGAUUUUGAAAAUUCUUUUAUCAAUAGAAAACUACGUUAUUUGCGAGUCAUAUAGACUAUGUUUUAUUCCCUUAAUUUCUCCGGGAACAGGAACUACGGAGGUGAAACCGCGUGAUAUCUGCUAGUUAUAUUAUAAAGAGGUUAUGUUUCUGAGCUUGUAGGGGGUAAUGUACUAAACCGACCUAAAAAAUCCUUUACCAAUAGAAAGCUACGUUAUUUGUGAGUGUCAUAAGCUGGUCCUACACCGAUAUAAUCUAUACUAAUAUUAUAAAUCUGAAAAGUUUGUUUGUUUGCUUGAACGCGGUAAUCUUAAGUACUACUGGUCCGAUUUGAAAAACUCUUUCAGUGUUAGUUAGCCCAUUUAUCGUGGAAAGUUAUAAGCUAUAUAUUAUUUCCAUAUUCUUACGGGAACGGGUACCACGGUUAUACCGCGUGGCGUCAGCUAAUAUGUGAUAAUAUUGAUUCCAGGCGAUAGUGUUGGGAGGGAUAAACAGCAUAUCUUUCUCCAAUGGCUUCAUGCUGGGUCAGAUGGCGAGCUUGGUAGCUUCCCUCCGUGCCAGGGAGGAGGGGAUACAGCUCAGCGAUACACAAAUAUCUAUAAUUGCGUCUUCCCUCAUGGCGAUUGCUAUCGUUGGGAUGCUGUUGGUAGCGCUGGUCUCCGACAGGAUCGGUCGGCGCUGGUCUUUCAUGGUGUUCUCCAUGCCCUCCAUCCUGAACUAUGUGGUGCUGUACUUCGCGAGGGAUGCGGUCACUCUGAUGCUGUCGAGGACUUUAGCUGGUAUCGCUCUAGGGUCCAUCUUAGCACUGAAAUUAUGCGUGACGUCAGAAUACGCGGGCCCGAAGACUAGGGCCAUGUUCUUGAAUAUGAUAUCAACAUUAUCCCCAUCUAUUGGCAACAGCAUUGCACACGCUUUGGGCAUCAUCCUCCAUUGGCGUACUGUAGCAUUGAUAGGCAUUCUACCCGCAAUUAUUGGAUUGAUACUACCAUACUUCUGGGUCGAGAGCCCGCAUUGGCUAGCAUCGAAAGGCAGGUUUGAAGAAUGCGAAACAUCUUUCAGAACAUUACAUAAACAAUCACCAAACACAGAAGCAGAAUUACAGCUACUGCUAAACGUUGAGAAGACGAAAUUGAAGAAGGCAAUUGAAACGAAUUCUGAACACACGUUGAAGAAAUUAUCGAUUGCUUGCAAGAAGAAAUAUUUCUGGGAUUUAAUGGUUUUGAGUGUAUUUAUUUCUGCGUUUUUGGCAUCAGCUGGUAAACUUGCGUACAGUACAUUAGCUGUCACUAUUAUCAAGGGUGUGACAGGUUCAAAUGACAUUUUAAUAUAUACAAUAAUCGUUGAUUUAAGUGUCACAUUGGGAGCUGUUACCUCAUGUUAUUUAAUUAGAAAAGUGUCCAUGAGAAGUAUGUUAUUCACAACUGGUUUAAUAGGUAUUUUUAUAUUGAUAUCUCUAAGCGCUUGUUUGUAUUAUAAGACAGAUUCUGUAUAUUUGGAAUGGGCUAUAAUUUGUUUGCUUAGUGUAUAUUUCUUUAUACUUAAAUCUGGGCCGUAUCCUAUUUUAGAAGCGUUAUUAGGAGAAAUUUUCCCUAUAGAAUUGAAGGUGCAUUGCUUUUUCUUUUCCGGUUCAAUUUUGAUGAUUGCUAUGACUGUGACCAUAGUUUUAUUACCUAUUAUGGUGUCGUUUAUGGGUUAUUAUGGUAUGUUUUUAGCUAAUUCUGGUAUAAUGAUUGUCAGCUUGGGUUACAUUUGGUUACGAUUACCGGAAACUAAAGGGAGGACGCUACAAGAGAUAGAGAUUUAUUUUAAAACUAAUAACUUUCAUGAUGUGGAUGAUAUUGUUAAUAAUGAGCAGAUUAAGGGGUUAAUUUGAUUGGCUUAACAUUUUAUUUUAUUUAAAUUAUAGUGAAUGUUAUUCAUAUUUUAAUUUAUUCUAAAACACGGCUAAAACUCACGUGAUAAAACGUCGAAGUAUACCCAAUCAUGUUUGGAUCAUGCCGCGUUGCAAGAACCAGCUAUUUCCACAUGCCACAUUAAUCCACUGGCAUGUCUCUCAAUAAGUUUAAAGUUUUUAUUAAACGCAAGCUUAUAGAAAAGUCUUAUUAGUGUCAAUGAUUACGUAAAUGACAAAAUUGCUUGCAAAUGAAAUGUAUGACAUGACAGGCUACUUAUAUACCUAUUGUUAAAUGGUGAUAAACUAAAAAAGGAUAAACCUGGCUGAGUUUGUUGUGGGCUCUUCUAUCCAAGGUGCGUUUGGAACCCUCGUAACUUUAAUUUUAAGUUUUCGAAUGAUUAUUAUCACCAUCUUAAGUUUAAUAUUAUUUAUUAUCUGACGUUUCGAGAGAGCUUGUAAACUAAGCAUAUUUGAAAUAAAUGAAUUUUGAGUUUUUUUGACUUGACUAUUGACUAAGGGCCCAGUAUGGGUUCGAAACUAGUCGGAUAUAGUCCGACAUUUGACACAUGAGUUUUAGCCGUGUUCUGUAAUUAAUUCGUAUAGAUAUAGUCUACAAUAAUACUGUUUAUAAAUAAUACAAUAUAGGUAAUACAAAUAGUACAAAUUCAUCGCAAUGUAUUUAAUUAAU